AUGUCUGCUUCACUCUACAAAAUCGGUGGUAUCUGCCGACGGUCAUGUCUACAACCUCUGCCCCAUGUGCGGUACUACGCAGCGGCCGGGACUACUGCUCGCACAACAUCAACAUCAAAGCCCCCCAGUGCGGCCGAUCUCGAGGCACAGAAACAGCAAAAGGCGAUCGAGAAAGAACGAAGGCUGGUGGACAUCUCCGCCCGUCAACAGAACCCGUUCCAUGACCCAAUGAAUACGGGUAUAGCGAUCCCGUUGUUGGCGGUCAAGCCGCCAGUAUCGUGGAGCUCAUUGAAAGGAGUAUCUAUACGUGGACGCACACGUUGGCUAUCCGAUCGUGUUGUGGACAUGUUUUCCAACUACACAACAAUAUUGAAUCUGGGGAGAAACCAGAGACUGCCUUUCAUAAAAUUCAGUGAUCAGCCUGUUGGAUGGAGGAACACCUGGUUCGGAAAGCGAGAUGUGUGGCUCAAGCCCUUGCAAGAGAACGCGCUAGACAUGUAUAUUAAGACGAAUGAGGCAAUCGCCCAAGGCGACCGAAAUACCAUGCUCGCUUUGUGCCAGAACGACUUCUUGGAAGACGCGAUCCGACGUAACAAGGCGCUUGGGCGAGGGACGAAAAUGGAAUGGAAAUUCCAUGGGGAAGCGUCCCCCACAAAGGUGCUCUCCAUACGGGAAGUGACCAUGCCGACUAUGGAUGGGAGCGAGGUGUUCCUCAUACAUGUACUUAUGCGCUUCGAGACGAUGCAGAGCUUGUCCGUCGUCAAGCUGCCCCCACCACAACGGGAUUCCAAAGGUCGCCGAAUCGCCCCAACAGGAGGGGCAAUAACCUCACAAUCACCACCAAAACGCGUUACCGAGUAUCUCGUGCUCGAAGGACGUAGCAGGCAAGAAAUUGCAUCCUGGAAAUUCCGCGCGCAGCUCUAUGAUGACUCUGCGCCGUAUAUUUCAGACCCAGAAAGCGGCAAGACAUCAGAGAAAGGGAAGAGCAAAUAG